AUGGCUUCCUCCAUCAUCUUCUUCUCUUUCUUCAUUGGCCUCUCUCUCCGCGUAUCUGCCGAUAACCCCGACUAUGUAUGUCCAGUAAGCUUUUGCAGUCCUGGCGGACCUGAGAUCCGCUUCCCUUUCCAAGCAAGCGACUCCCAUCCCGAGCGAUGUGGCUAUCCGGGCUUCAAUCUCUCGUGCAACAUCCAAGGCCAAGCGAUCCUCCAAUUGCCUAACUCGCAAGACUUCAUUGUUGACCUUAUCAACUAUAAGAAACAAUAUAUUGUGCUAAAGGACCCGGGCAACUGCCUGGCGAAGCGGCUUCAAAACUUGACGCUGCCAAGCUCGGUUUUCUCAGCUCAAGAGUAUGGGAGCUUCACGUUUGCGGAUUGCUUGUCUGGUUUGUCGGAUUUGGGAUUCGAACGGGUGGACUGCCUCAGCGAUGGACAGCACACGGUAGGGGUUGCUCCUCCCGGUUCAUACACUGGGCACUUCUACCAGUUACGAUGCCGUACUUGGACGGUGUCGGUUCCGGUGGUCCGGCAAUAUCCCACGGAUAUAACUGAGAGUGUCGUCCUGAAGUGGGAUGCGCCGGAUUGUAGAUCGUGCGAGAAAAGCAGUGGGAGGUGCGGGUUCUUGGGCUCCGCGGGCUCCGAUGUUGGAUGCUUCGGUAAACGCGGUUAG